AUGGAGCUUUCCGAGGACUAUACCUGCGUCAUCUCCCACGGCCCCAUCCCGAAAACCACUCACAUAUUCGAAUUCGACGAUUGCAUCGUCGACGCCUGCUGCGGCGUAUUUACCCUCGAUCCCUCGGUCAAAGAAGCGUCCGACGAUUUCUACAGUGAUUAUAAUAAUUUUUUUUUACUUUAUUGUGAAAAUGAGUUGGAAAUGGUAGAAGAUUAA